AUGUCGUUCAGACAGAUCAUAGACCACAUCCCGGGCAUUCUGAAGCAAUGGCGUCCUGACGAUAGCGACUUACAGAAGGCUGGCCUUGGAUCACUAUCUGGCAGAGGCGACAUCACCAUUCGAGGUUUUGUCACAGAGAACCACAAAGUCGAAGCUCAUUAUCGAUUACAGGAUCCUGAGACUUUCGCUGGGCAGAAGGACACCAGCCAGAAGCAGAAUUCUCUCGACAUUGCGCCCAAUGAUGUGUAUUCAUUGCUAGUCGCGGAGGUGCAUACGGUUGUACCACAACCGGUCAGACACCCUGAAGAAGCAUUUCUCCUGGUGCGAUACUAUAGUAUUAUUGGCCCCUGGUUCGAUCUCUUCGACGCAACCCAUCGCCAUUGGACUAAUACCAUCUCAUGUUUAGCAUUGGCAAAUCGCACUCUGUUUGCGGCAAUUCUGGCAAGUUGUGCGAAGCAGUAUGCUCUGGUAUCGGGGGAGAGCUUCAUGUCCGUAGCACUCGAGUACUACGAUCGAGGGCUCAACACCUUGUCUCAGGCUCUCAGCAGCCCCGCCACUGCGGCAGAUGCUUCUGUCUUUGCAUCAUGUCUGCUCAUUGGCUACUGUGAGAUGAUUAAUGCCCGUGGCUGGGACUGGCAGACUCAUCUUCAAGGCACAUAUUCUCUGGUCCAGAAUCAUGACUGGCACGGUCAGUGCGGCGGCGUAGCUCAGUCCUGCUUUUGGGUCUACUGCCGUAUGGACCUGCAUGCUUCAAUCGCGAGGGCCAGACGUACACUGCUCGACCCCUCGCUAUGGCUGCCAAGUGGAUCGUCACUCGGUCCAGAUUGCUCAUCGAUCACGGAGUGGGAGCUGGAUUCGUGGUGCAACCAGACAGUUGUACUACUAGCCCGAGCUCAUAAUCUGCUCUGCGACGUACGAAGCGCAGACGACCAGCGAUUGUUGUCCAUCACAUCGCCUGCGUCGGAAAGAGAAUCGGAAAUGAUGGGAUGGUGGUUGGACAUUUGCAAGUCUGUCCAAGCUCAUGAGCACGUACGGCCUCUGCCAUUCACCGCGGUAGCUGAGCUGCCACCACUAGAUCCCAAUAUACCGAUGCGACGAAUCAUCCACAUAUCCCCAGCCGCGUGUGCUGCCAGUCAGAUGAUGGAUGUAGCGCGAUUCUAUUGUCUGCUUGCUCGUCCAGACAGCACUCAAGCUGAGCGCAAAGACCGCCUGUCAUCGCCAGAAGUUUGCGGCAUUGCGCUCGAAUUGGCCCGCCGCGUCGUUUCGAACAGCAUUACCAACCGAUAUACAACCGCAUGGGUGAACGCCGUACAGCUGCUUUCCAGCGUGGGUCGUGUGCUUCCUGGCCAGGGCGAGAGGGCUGCAUUGUUACAAGCUCUUGCAGACAUACAUCGGGAGACAGGCUGGAGUGUUCAGGAUCUCGCAGAUGACUUGCAGGAGACUUGGAAGCUGAAUGAUCAUGCCAGUCAACAACAGAAGCCUCGAGACACCUUGACAGAGCAAGAUGCUGCGCUUCGCUACGUAGGAGUUGCCCUACUUCGGUGUGCAGGACUAUGA